AUGACCGAUAUCCUUAACAUCGAAGGCGAGCCGGUUUUUGACGAUCGUAUCAUCAAGAUCGAGACUCACAUAUACGUCAACACGACGUUUAUAGCACAGCGACGAGAUACGAAUACCCAUAUAACAGGUAUGUAUUGCCGUAUGAAAAUUUUCUACAUCAAGGGAAAACUAACGAUAAACAAACCAAUUGAAGGAUCUGAUGUGGCACUGGGAAAUAAUUGCAUCACAUUCAUGUUCGAUAAGAUUCGAUACGAACUCGACGGUGUGGAAAUUGAUCGUAACAGAAAUGUGGGAAUAACUAGAACACUCAAGAACUAUGUAACGAUAUCAUCCGAUAAAACCGUGAUUAUGAGAAAUGCUGGUUGGGAUACGCAGACUAAUGCAAAUGGUUACUUUAAUUAUUGCGUACCACUCUACAUGUUAUUGGGAUUUUGCGAAGAUAACAAACGCGUUGUGAUUAACGCUCGUCACGAGUUGAUUUUAAUACGAUCGCGCAACGACAAUUGUUUGAUUAGAAAUUUGGAGCCUGUGAUUAACAUAUUCAAGAUACAAUGGCAAAUGCCACACGUUAUAUUGAACGAGAUCAACAAGCUGUCGAUGCUGCGCGCCUUGGAAAGCGGACGAUACCGUACAACCAAACAUUCGUGGGCAAUUACGACCGCGACUCAGCUGGAGAAGCUGCGAUACGUUGUCUUCGCUCUGCAGACAGACCGAAAAAACGUUAUGUCCGAGGAUAUAAAUCGAUUCGACGAUUGCAAAUUGAACAACGUGAAACUCUAUGUGAAUUCGGAAUGUUAUCCGUACGAUGAUAUGAAUCUGGAUUUCGACAAAAAUAGACGGUCGAUUCUGUACGACACGUACCAACGUUUCUGCAAGAACUAUUACGGAUACGAGUAUCUCGAGCCGUCUCUUACCGUCACGCAGUUUCUACUUAACGGUCCGUUUGUGAUUAUCGAUUGCUCUCGACAAAACGAGUCGGUCAAGAGUGCAACCGUGGAUGAAAGAUUGGAAUUCGAGUGUUAG